CGAAGACCCGAGCGCACGAAGCGCCGCCCACAAGCGCCCGCAUAUACACUGCUCUCUUGACGUAACCUCAUAGCAAGAUGGUUGGCCAGAUUACUCUGUACGCGUCGAAGAUGUGCCCGUACGCGCACCGCGCGGAGAUGGCACUCUUGGAGACCGGCCUGCCCUACAAGCGCUGCGAGAUCAACCUCAGAGCCAAGCCCGAGUGGUACACCCAAGUCAGCGCCGGCGGGCAGGUCCCCGCCCUCACCUACGGCGGCCCCGACGUCCCGCCGGACCAGCCCUCCCCCGAAUCGACGAAGCUGAUCGAAUCCAUGGUCCUCGUCGAAUUCGCCAACGACCUCGCGCGCGCCCACCCCCUCCUCCCCACCGACCCCAUCCUCCGCGCGCGCGCCCGCUUCUUCGUCGAGGCCCUCUCCUCGCGCGUCACGCCGCAGUGGUACGCGACCGUCCUGCGCGGGGAGCCGUUCGACAAGCUCUUCGAGGGGAUCGAGUAUUUGGGUAGCUUGGUGAGGGGCAAGUACGCUGUGGGGGAGGAGUAUAGUAUCGCGGAUGUGGCUGCGACGCCGAUCUUGGCGAGGCUGGAGGUCUGUUUGAGGGAUGGGUUGGGGAAUUUUAAGGAGGGGGCGCCGGGCGAAAAGGCGUAUGAGGCAUUGAUGACGGAGGAGAGGUUUGCGAGGUGGAGGGAGUACUUUUCGAAUUUGAAGGCGAGGGAGAGUUUCAAGAAGAGCUUUGAUGAGGCCGCGUUCAAGCAGGCGUAUGCGCUGCGUGUGGCUGACUUCCGGAAGCCGUGAUGUACCACGUCGUGCGUUUUAGACAGCCUAUAGAUGUGUUUGACCACUUC